GCCCUUUACGACCCCUAUUUGUUAAGCGGGCUGACCGUUAGUGGGAACAGAUGGACUCUGAUCGCCAAUUGGAUAACUGUGCCGCCGUCUGCUUCCUAGCCGGCGAUUAUGCCGAUGGCCACCAACAAGAUAGACGGAAAAUCUGCUCGAACUGUGAUAGGCCAGUAAAAGUUUGUUUAUGCAACAUAAUCCCAUCGGAGCCGAUAACCAUUGUUACUCGAAUCGUAAUUCUUCACCACCCUCACGAGCAGCGCCACAAGCUUGCUACGGUUCCUGUUCUAUCCAAGUGCCUCGACAAUUGCGAUGUUAUUGUUGGACGGAGAUUACGCUACGGUGUUUGCGACAUUCUCGAUUCUCUCCAUGAUGAUGCUCUUCGAAACCCUAAUUUCACCAGCAGAGCUAUUUAUCUAUUUCCUGGCGCUGAUACUUCACCAUCUCAGGAAAUCAACCAUUGGAAGUCCUCUAAAAAUACUGUAGAGAUGACUAAUUAUGUCUUGAUUGCUUUUGAUGGAACUUGGAAGCAUGCCCGAGAGAUGAUGCGAGCAAGCUUAUCUUUUCUGUCCAAGUUUGCUGUUCAGGUUCACUUAGACUAUGAUAUUGGCAAUGACGGUGGGACGAUCUUCAAUUCUGAUUUAAUUCUUAGGAAGGAACCGUUUAGUGGGUGCAUGAGUACCAUGGAGGCAGUAGCGCAUUGCUUACGGAUCCUUGAGCCUAAUGGAAUCAGUAUAGAGUCAAAUUUGAUAGAGGUUUUAAGAAGUAUGGUUAAGUUUCAGGCUUCUUUCCUCAAGCCUAUGAAGCCUAGGCCAAAGUUGAUAAAGGGAGGACGAGAGGGAAAAAUAUAAUUGCUCUGUUCCAUUUUCUGUGUUUUUAAAGCAACAUUUAGCACAAGGAUAGCCUCAAAACUCUUUUGAUUAUCACAUGCCAGACUGAUCAAGCCAUCAGCCUGUACAUGAUACUUAUCCAAAUUUCACAGGUUUCAACUUUCAAUUCAUAUAUAUUACUGAUGCUUAUUGUGAAAUUCUAUAUCCCGAUUGAGUAAUAGGCAUGGCGCCGAGGUGCUUUGAUGAGAUUAUCUUAAUUCUUCAGUUGCUGAAAACUUUGUCAGGCGGUGGCUUUGAUGGAUUGGGGUAUAUGGCAGUAUCCUCUUAUGCUGAAGCAAGUAAAGCUUGAGAUUAACCAAGGACAUUCAAGAUUGUCAUAUGUUGAGUUCCUUACUGUAUCUCAGAGUAAUCUGAAAUCAAUUGCCGGUCAUUUACACCCAUUUUAUAGAGAUUGCCAUAAAAUGUUUGGGCAACGAAAAUUCUUGUGAACAUUUUCAUGAUCAGUAUAUGAUAUCUACAUAUGGAACCUCGUGUGGUUGUGAAAGGAUUAAAUACUUUUGUAGUACCACAUGAUUAUGCAGCAGUUGUCUCUAAUGCUGUUUUGCUCCGGCUGCAAUGACAUCUGUUUGAGGUCAAAUUUCUGUAAUGUCAGCUUGGGAAAUCUGAAGCUGUGGCUUGGAUUCCUUUGAUAAGCACUUGGAUGCAGCUACGGAACUUACAAGACAUACCUAGCACAGCUUGCUGCUUAGUUUUCUCAUAUAUUCAGGUAGUUGGCUGAUGUUCUUCAAUCUAGACAUGCCACAAGUUCUAGCAGUAGAACCAAAUCGCUGUCUAGUCUUUGAAGUUUUUACUUUAUUUGCUUCAAAUUGGACAAAGAGGAUGUAAAAAAGAUUAAUGAGAUUGUUGUCCUCACAUGAACUUUAAAGUUGGUUGUCAGAGUACAUUU